CGAAGAUGAGGCGCGCGAAGAAGAAAAAAAAGCUCAUCGUUCGUUUCUCCUCUCUAUCCUUGUCUGAGUUGUCUCUGUAACUUUGUGAAGCUUCACAUCAAUGGCUUCUCCUUUGUCUUCUUCCACCAUCGGCUCUCACCGGAUUUUAUUUCUCCACCCUUCACCUCUCAAUCGCAGAUCACUCUUCGUAAAACCCAAAUUACCCUUUAAUCGAACCAAUUCCGGAGAUUUCCGCAUGCGUUUGCAUUCUACAUCCAGUAAGAUUGGCACUAAGGAACUUAUACAUUCUCACAAAUCUUCAAUUGAAUCAAAGUUGAACCCUUUUGAAGCUGGGACUAAGAAUCUCGAGAAAUUGGUUGCAACGAUGCUGAUAUUUGUUCAAGUUUGGUCUCCAAUGCCCUUGCUUGGUCUAGACUCUGCUUACAUUUCACCUGCAGAGGCUGUUCUUUACUCUCCCGACACGAAAGUUCCAAGAACUGGGGAGCUUGCUCUCAGAAGAGCUAUUCCUGCUAAUCCAAGCAUGAAGACAAUACAGGCUUCAUUGGAAGAUAUAUCAUAUCUUCUAAGGAUUCCGCAAAGAAAGCCUUAUGGUACCAUGGAGAGCAAUGUCAAAAAAGCUCUGAAGGUGGCUAUAGACGAUAAGGAUGCGAUAUUGGCUAAUAUACCAGCUGACUUGAAAGACAAGGGCUCAGAACUGUAUGCAACCCUGAUUGACGGCAAGGGUGGACUUCAGUCACUUAUAACAAAUAUUAAGAAACAAGAUCCUGAUAAAGUGUCCCUUGGCCUGGCAGCAUCACUAGACACAGUUGCAGAACUGGAGUUAUUGCAGGCAUCAGGAUUGUCAUUUUUACUUCCUCAGCAGUACUUAAACUAUCCAAGGUUAGCAGGUAGAGGAAUUGUGGAAAUCACAAUUGAGAAAGGUGAUGGUUCAACAUUUUCAGCUGAAUCUGGGGGUGAUCAAAGAAAGAGUGCUACAAUCCAGAUCGUUAUAGAUGGAUAUUCAGCACCCCUAACAGCAGGGAAUUUCGCAAAACUGGUAACUAGCGGUGCAUAUGAUGGAGUCAAACUCAAUACAGUGAACCAAGCUGUUAUCACAGAGGAUGGGAGUGCUAAGGUGGAGAGUGUUAGUGUGCCAUUGGAAGUAAUGCCUUCUGGACAGUUUGAGCCACUCUACAGAACCCCAUUGAGUGUUCAGGAUGGGGAGUUACCAGUUCUUCCUUUAUCGGUUUAUGGAGCUGUUGCAAUGGCGCACAGCGAAAACUCAGAUGAAUACUCUUCUCCUUACCAAUUCUUUUUCUACCUAUACGACAAAAGAAACUCUGGCUUAGGAGGUUUAUCCUUUGAUGAAGGGCAGUUCUCAGUCUUCGGAUACACAACAUCAGGAAGAGAUAUUCUUGGGCAGAUCAAGACAGGAGAUGUAAUCAAAUCUGCAAAACUAAUCGAAGGCCAAGAUCGCCUCAUUUUGCCUGCUCUAAACAACAACUCAUCCACUUGAUUCUUCUUUCCUUCUUUGUAUCAGAAAAUGUUCUAACACUUCCGUGUCCAGUAACAGAGUGCUAAGUCCAAAUCUCUGCAAUUGUGUCUGGAUCUUAUUCGAUUUCGAACAUUACGAGAAAAGAAAAAAAGAAAAGCGUUUGAGUUUA